AUGUUGGUGACCUACUCCAGCUCCAGCAAGCAGUUAGAUGAGGGCAUGGUGUGUGACCUACUCCAGCUUUUCUGCAAGCAGUUAGAUGAGUGCAUGGUGUGUGACCUACUACAGCUUUCCUGCAAACAGUUAGAUGAGCUUAUGGUGUGUGACCUACUCCAGCUUCCCUGCAAGCAGUUAGAUGAGCAUAUGUUGGUGACCUACUCCAGCUCCAGCAAGCAGUUAGAUGAGUGCAUGGUGUGUGACCUCCUCCAGUUUUACUGCAAGCAGUUAGACCUACUCCAACUUUCCUACAAGCAGUUAGAUGAGCAUAUGUUGGUGACCUACUCCAGCUCCAGCAAGCAGUUAGAUGAGCGCAUGGUGUGUGACCUACUCCAGCUUACCUGCAAGCAGUUAGAUGAGCACAUGGUGUAUGACCUACUCCAGCUUUCCUGCAAGCAGUUAGAUGGGUGCAUGGUGUGUGACCUACUCCAGCUUUCCUGCAAACAGUUAGAUGAGCUUAUGGUGUGUGACCUACUCCAGCUUUCCUGCAAGCAGUUAGAUGAGCAUAUAUUGGUGACCUACUCCAGCUCCAGCAAGCAGUUAGAUGAGUGCAUGGUGUGUGACCUACUCCAGUUUUCCUGCGAGCAGUUAGACCUACUCCAACUUUCCUACAAGCAGUUAGAUGAGCAUAUGUUGGUGACCUACUCCAGCUCCAGCAAGCAGCUAGAUGAGCGCAUGGUGUGUGACCUACUCCAGCUUACCUGCAAGCAGUUAGAUGAGCGCAUGGUGUGUGACCUACUCCAGCUUUCCUGCAAGCAGUUAGAUGAGUGCAUGGUGUGUGACCUACUCCAGCUUUCCUGCAAUCAGUUAGAUGAGCUUAUGGUGUGUGACCUACUCCAGCCUUCCUGCAAGCAGUUAGAUGAGCAUAUGUUGGUGACCUACUCCAGCUCCAGCAAGCAGUUAGAUGAGUGCAUGGUGUGUGACCUACUCCAGUUUUCCUGCAAGCAGAUAGACCUACUCCAACUUUCCUACAAGCAGUUAGAUGAGCAUAUGUUGGUGACCUACUCCAGCUAUAGCAAGCAGCUAGAUGAGCGCAUGGUGUGUGACCUACUCCAGCUUACCUGCAAGCAGUUAGAUGAGCGCAUGGUGUGUGACCUAUUCCAACUUUCCUGUAAGCAGUUAGAUGAGUGCAUGGUGUGUGACCUAUUCCAGCUUUCCUGCAAGCAGUUAGAUGAGUGCAUGGUGUGUGACCUACUCCAGUUUUCCUGCAAGCAGUUAGACCUACUCCAACUUUCCUACAAGCAGUUAGAUGAGCAUAUGUUGGUGACCUACUCCAGCUCCAGCAAGCAGCUAGAUGAGCGCAUGGUGUGUGACCUACUCCAGCUUUCCUGCAAGCAGUUAGAUGAGUGCAUGGUGUGUGACCUACUCCAGCUUACCUGCAAACAGUUAGAUGAGCUUAUGGUGUGUGACCUACUCCAGCUUUCAUGCAAGCAGUUAGAUGAGCAUAUGUUGGUGACCUACUCCAGCUCCAGCAAGCAGUUAGAUGAGCAUAUGGAGUGUGACCUACUCCAGCUUUCCUGGCUGCAGGUGGACUGGUCUGGAGUUACCAUCCCUUCCCACUAUUUCCAAUAA